GCGACGCGAGCAUCAUAAUACGCGGCAUGCAUUACACACCUUCAACGCAGUUCUUUUCUGAUUAUGUCAUAUGUAAGACAAUUCGUCAGUCUUGUGGAGUGGACACUGAGUUACUUUUAACCUAAGUUUUGCACGACAUCAGACGAACCGUGAAGUAGUUACCUGAAGUUUAAAGUGAAAUGAAUGUGUUAAUGUGAGCGGCAGACACUUCAGCUAUCUAGAUCUUGCUCUCAGAGACUUGCUGCAUCUAACGUUACUUUAACCCGCACGAUUAGCACUAUUUAAACCUGGUCAGUGAGAAGCAGGCCUGGUAGUGAUGGAGGGUGCGUGUAAUGGGGAGGAUGCGGAGGUUUUGGCUCAGGCGUGUGUGCUGUCUGAGUUCACAGAGAGCACCGAGACUCGAGCUCUCAUCAGCAGCCUACCAGACAUUCAUCACGACACGGUCAGCAGAGAGGCCACCAUCGAGAAGUUUGUGGUUAUCAUGGAUCGCUACCAGGAGCAGCCACAUCUACUGGACCCUCAUCUAGAGUGGAUGCUAAACAUGCUUUUGGAGAUGAUCCGCAGUGAGAAGUCGCCACCUCUUCUGGUCCAUCUCUGUUUUAAAUUCCUUUACAUCAUCUCAAAGGUCAGAGGCUACAAAAUCUUCAUGCAGCUUUUCCCUCAUGAAGUGUCAGAUGUUCAGCCAGUUCUGGACCUCUUAUGCAGACAGGACCAAAAAGACACUGAGACGUGGGAAACGCGCUACAUACUCCUCCUCUGGCUGUCUAUGACAUGUCUUAUUCCCUUUGACUUGUCUCGUCUGGAUGGCCAUCUGUCCACUGUCCCGGGGACAAACAGAGAGCCCAUCAUGGAUCGUAUUCUGGAGGUUGCCAAGUCCUUUCUUAGAGUCAGUGACAAAUCUCGAGACGCUGCAUCAGUGCUGGUAUCAAAGUUUGUGACCCGUCCAGAUGUGAAGCAGAAGCGUCUGGGUGAUUUUCUGGACUGGUGUUUGACCACCAUUUCUCAGAGCAGUGAGAUGACCAUGGAGGGGACUGUGAUCCUUGAUGGAGCUCUACAAUCUCUGGCCCAGCUCUUCAAACAUGGGAAACGGGAUGACUUUCUCCAGUAUGCCCCCACAGUUCUGCAGUGCCUGAACCAGAAGAAAAUAGCUGAAAGUAACCAGGCCACAUUGCGUAAAACUUGGAGUAAAAGUUGUCCAGAGACUUGGCUUAACUUUUCUGAAACCACGUUUGGCCAAAUGGAGGUACCAGAGAGGAAGUCGGUCACUUGCUGUUAACCUGGCCCAGUCUUCUGUCACUGAAAGUGUAGAGGCUACAAAACCUGAUCUAGAGUCCUGUGAGCCAAGAUGAAGACUAUGACAUACCUCAGGAGGUCGAGACUGUCAUUGAACAACUGUUGUUAGGA